AUGUUCCGGAAAAUUCACUCAAGUGUUCACGUUUCGCAAAGUCUUUGGGAGAAAAUCACCUCCCAAUUAAAUAAGGUUCCAACCGGAACCCAAAAAGACUGGAAGAAAUGGAGAAAGACUUGGCAAGAUUUGAAAAAGGGAGCGAAAGCGAAGGAUGCCGCUAUAAGGAAGCAUUCGAGACAGACAGGAGGGGGUCCACCUACAUCUAUGCAGUUAACAGAAGUAGAUAACGAGGUACUUCAAUUGAUCCCCGAUGUCCAGAAAAGAGAGGUGGACUAUGAAGUUGAAGAGAUAUUUGACUUGAAUGAAGACAUUAAUGUUGUUCAUCCCCUGUCAGAAGGAACAAUAGAAAUAUCCACGUCGACAGAAGAGGUGGUCGCAGAGGAACAGGUAAAGUAUUAGAUUUUUUAACAUCUACCAUGUUACUGUAAUAAGUGCAACACAA